AUGCGUAUGGUCCCUACUGGCGUUGCCAUGGUGAUCAACUACGACCUUCCUACUUGUGCAGACGAUUACAUCCAUCGUGUCGGACGUACCGGGCGUGCAGGUCAGCUGGGUGGUUGGGGUGCCAACAGAAUUGGCUUUGGUCAUGCCAUCAGUCUCUGGACCAAUGCUGAUUUGCCCUACUUAGCUCCCAUUAUUGUCUGUUUGAGGCACAGUGGUGCAGCCGCGUGCUCCGAAACUGAAUUGGUUCGUCUCGAAAGUUUGGUCGAUAGCUGGAAGGCCAGGAGACAGGCUUCUAUCCUCUCCGGAAGGACAAAUGCAAAAUAUGGGCAGAUCAUGCAAACGAGACGCUUCAACCGAAACCUCAAACCUGGUGGUCUAGAGCAUUAUGAGGACUAG